CAUGUGAAUUAACAAACUCGGUUAAGAAUUAAGCAAACUUUUAACACUUUUUUCUCUUCUCCCGCCCGCCCGUCCUUAUCUGCAACAUAUUUCGUUUCUCUCUCUCUCUCUCUGAAAAAUAGAACAAAUAACAUUCAACCGAUGUGUUGUUUGAAUUGUCAGAUCUCUCUCUGAAUUUCUAGGUUGAAUCAGAUCUGAAUCAAAUUUAGGCAAUGCAUUCUAAUCAAGAUAAAGAGGAAAUGGAUUCUGGAGGAGAAAUUGAAGGUGGCGGGGAUGAAAAUGAGUUCCCAUCAGCUAUUAGGGGACGAAAAUACAGUCCCGUCGUGGCGCAUGAUAAUGAUCGGGCUGUUUUGGAGAUGUCCUCUAUUGAUCCUCGAUCUUCAUCCUCUCCUUAUUCCAAACAAGAUCUCAAGAAAGUCAAAGUGAAUAUGCAGUCAGAUGUGGCUCCCGAAGGUUCAAUGCCCAAUCACAGUGUCAACGGUCCUCAAAGAGAAUCCAAACUGGAACUGUUUGGCUUUGAUUCUCUUGUAAAUAUUCUAGGUCUCAAGAGCAUGACAGGUGAUCAAAUUCAAGCGCCACCUAGUCCGAGAGAUGGUGGGGAUGUGUCUAUUGCUCUUGAGCGGCCCAGGCCUAUUGCUGUCAAGUCUGGGACAUUGAUGGGUGUCUUCGUGCCAUGCUUGCAAAAUAUUAUGGGAAUCAUCUACUAUAUCAGAUUUUCUUGGAUUGUUGGUAUGGCUGGGAUUGGUGAGUCAUUGUUACUCGUCGCUUUCUGUGGAUCUUGUACUUUCCUGACCACAAUAUCAUUAAGUGCUAUUGCCACCAAUGGUGCCAUGAAGGGCGGAGGGCCUUACUAUCUCAUUGGUCGUGCUUUGGGUCCAGAAGUUGGUGUCAGCAUUGGACUAUGUUUUUUUCUUGGAAAUGCAGUUGCUGGAGCAAUGUAUGUAUUGGGAGCUGUGGAAACCUUCCUUGAUGCUGUACCAGCUGCUGGAAUUCUUAGAGAAACUGUCACAAGAGUUAAUGGUACAGAUAUUGCGGAGCCCAUUACAAGGCCAAGUUUGCACGACCUGCAAAUUUAUGGGAUUGUCGUGACUAUUCUUCUCUGCUUCAUAGUUUUUGGUGGUGUAAAAAUUAUUAAUCGUGUCGCACCGGCAUUCCUUGUACCUGUUGUAUUCUCAUUGGUGUGCAUAUUCUCUGGCAUUCUUUUGGCAAGGAAUGAUCGUCCAGCAGUUGGAAUCACGGGGUUGAGUUCGGAAUCUUUUAAGGACAAUUGGGGUCCUGCAUAUCAGAGGACUAGUAAUGCUGGGAUUCCAGAUCCUAAUGGAAAGAUAUACUGGAGUUUCAAUGCGUUGGUAGGUCUCUUUUUCCCUGCGGUGACUGGGAUCAUGGCAGGUUCGAACCGUUCAGCCUCGCUAAAGGAUACUCAGCGUUCAAUUCCUAUUGGGACAUUAGCAGCAACGUUGACGACUAGUGCCUUAUAUCUAGUUUCAGUGCUGUUCUUUGGAUCCGUUGCAACUCGAGAUAAGCUUUUGACUGACAGGUUGUUGACCGCUUCAAUUGCUUGGCCAUUUCCAGCAAUUGUUUAUGUCGGUAUCAUCCUUUCAACCUUAGGGGCAGCCCUUCAAAGCUUGACUGGUGCACCACGUCUCCUUGCUGCGAUUGCAAACGAUGAUAUUCUACCUGUUCUGAACUAUUUUAAAGUGGUAGAUGGAGGUGAGCCCCAUGUGGCUACUUUCUUCACUGCCUUCAUCUGUAUUGGAUGUGUCGUAAUUGGAAAUUUGGAUCUUAUUUCACCAACCAUAACAAUGUUUUACCUCCUAUGCUAUGCUGGUGUGAACUUAUCCUGCUUCCUUCUGGAUCUGUUGGAUGCUCCCAGCUGGCGACCUCGGUGGAAAUUCCACCACUGGAGUCUCUCUCUUGUUGGAGCUUUACUUUGUAUAGUGAUCAUGUUUUUAAUUUCAUGGACAUUCACUGUGGUAUCACUAGCUCUAGCAAGUCUAAUCUAUUAUUAUGUGAGUAUCAAGGGGAAAGCAGGAGACUGGGGUGAUGGUUUCAAGAGUGCAUAUUUUCAGCUUGCUCUUCGUAGUUUACGAUCUUUGGGAGCAAGUCAGGUACAUCCCAAAAAUUGGUACCCUAUCCCCCUCAUAUUUUGUCGUCCAUGGGGCAAGCUGCCAGAAAAUGUACCUUGUCAUCCUAAGCUAGCAGACUUUGCCAACUGUAUGAAGAAAAAAGGCAGGGGAAUGUCCAUCUUUAUUUCUAUUAUAGAUGGAGAUUACCAUGAACGUGUUGAGGACGCCAAGGCAGCUUGUAAGCAGCUAAGUACGUAUAUUGACUACAAGCAAUGUGAAGGUGUAGCAGAAAUAGUUGUUGCUCCCAACAUGUCAGAAGGCUUUAGAGGCAUUGUUCAGACUAUGGGGCUUGGGAAUCUCAAGCCAAACAUUAUUGUUAUGCGGUACCCUGAGAUAUGGCGGCGUGAAAAUUUGAUUGAAAUUCCUGCUACCUUUGUUGGCAUAAUAAAUGACUGCAUUGUUGCAAACAAGGCAGUAGUUAUUGUGAAGGGUCUAGAUGAAUGGCCUAAUGAGUAUCAAAGACAGUAUGGAACCAUUGAUUUGUACUGGAUAGUCAGAGAUGGUGGUCUUAUGCUGUUGCUAUCUCAACUUCUUCUCACAAAAGAUAGCUUUGAGGGCUGUAAGAUCCAGGUUUUCUGCAUUGCUGAGGAAGAUUCUGAUGCAGAGGGACUCAAGGCUGAUGUAAAGAAAUUUCUUUAUGACCUUCGGAUGCAAGCUGAGGUAAUUGUCAUUUCCAUGAAGUCAUGGGAAGGCCAAGGGGAGCAGCAAGAAUAUAUUGAAGCAUUCAGUGCUGCUCAGGGAAGAAUAGCUAGUUAUCUGGGAGAGAUGAAAGAGAGAGCGGAGAGGGAUAAGACUCCUUUGAUGGCUGAUGGAAAGCCAGUGGUUGUCAAUGAGCAGCAAGUUGAGAAAUUCCUGUAUACCACUUUGAAGCUGAAUUCAACGAUUCUAAAAUACUCGAGAAUGGCUGCAGUUGUGUUUGUAAGUCUUCCUCCUCCUCCUGCCAAUCAUCCAGCAUUUUUCUACAUGGAAUACAUGGACCUAUUGGUUGAAAAUGUACCCAGGCUCUUGAUAGUUCGUGGAUAUCGUCGAGAUGUUGUCACUCUGUUUACGUAGGUAGUUCUGUUCAUACGCUUCCUUUUUCUCUUCUUUUACCUCCUUUGCUUUAUCUUAAUAGUUUCAAUUCAAUUCAAUUUGUUACUUUUGUUGUUUUUCUCUUUUCUACUGGAGGUGGGUGUACAAUAUACUAGUUUUUGUAUCAUUAAUUCUUUUGAACUGAAUAUUUGGGGAAAGAAAAUUUUGUUAUUGAUGAAUCUCUAGGUGAUUAUUAAUUAGUCUUUUAAGAAAACGUUGAAAUAGAAAAUUUCGUUAUUGAUGAA